GCAUGCACUGCGUGUGUGAUCAAUCGAGUCACCAUCCGUACUUUGAACGUGGAAAGCUAUCGACGACGACAUGGCGACUAGUGUGUUACAAGAGUUAGCUUGUCAAACCAUCGACAAGAGAGAACCAGAACUAUAUCAAAUCAGUCAGGACAUCUGGAACAACCCCGAGCUCGAGUUAGAAGAGCAACAUGCUCACGACGUUUUGACCUCUCUUCUCAAGAAGGAGGGAUUCGAUGUCGAAGAGAACUUUAUACUUCCUACGGGAUUUAGGGCCGUGUUUGGUACAGACGUCGGUCCAAAUAUCUGUGUAAUUUGCGAGUAUGACGCCCUUCCUGAAAUCGGUCAUGGGUCGGGUCGGAACUUAGUUACAGAAUGCACCAUAGCGUCAGCGUUGGGCUUGAAGAAGGUGAUCCGUACGUCAAUGGCAGCGCGUAAAUCGGUUGGAAAGGUAACUGUCUUAGGUUGCCCAGCCAGUGAGAGUGGUGGUGCCAAGGUUGAUAUGUUAACAGCUGGUGUAUUUCAAAACAUUGAUGUAGUGAUGAAAUCACAGCCUCAACACCAUAACAUAGCAAAGGCAGUCUUACUGGACAUGCUGCAGAUGAAGGUAACUUAUAGCGGCAAACCAACGCAUGCAUCAUUACCAUGGGAAGGCAGGAACGCUCUGGAUGCGGCAGUGUUGUGUUAUAAUAAUAUCGCAGCAUUGAGGCAACAGACAAAAACAAGUAUGCAGAUACAUGGUAAGUCUAUCAGUCUUGAAUG